AUGGCUCAAAGUUUCAAAGUCAUUGUUGGUGGAGAAUCUGGAACAGGUAAAACAACAAUAAUUCAAAGGCUUAUCAAUAAUACAUUCCGUAGCGAAUCACAGGCAACUGUUGGGGUUGAAUUCAAAUCUUUUAAUUGUGAAAUUGAUGGAAAACCUACUAAAUUGCAAAUAUGGGAUACAGCAGGUCAGGAAAAAUCCAAAAGUGUUGCCAAGUCUUACUUUAGAAAUGCUGUAGGAGCGCUUUUAGUUUAUGAUGUAACAGAUAGACAUUCUUAUGAAGAAGUUGAAAUAUGGCUUAGUGAUAUUCAAUGCCUUAGUCACCCAAAUUCAGUCAUCAUUCUUGUAGGAAAUAAAACAGAUCUAAUGGACACCCGAGUUAUUGGACAAAAGGAAGCCGAAUACUUUGCAGAGCGUCAUGGAAUCUUAUACAUCGAGACAUCCGCAAAGGAUGGUUCGAAUGUACAAGAUACAUUUUUGAACCUUGCAAGAGAGAUUUAUAAUAAAGUGAAUUCAGGUUCUCUUAUCCUUCCUACAUUAAAACAACAGCCUGCUAUGCUGUAUACAGACCCAAAUAAAAAAUCAGAUGCGACAAUUCAUGAGGAUUCUUGUAAUUGCUAG